GAAAAAUAUUGGCUUUGCCCAAACUGAACGUUUCUCUGAUAUUUUUAUUAAUGGAAAAUAAGAGAAGGGAGGAAAAAGAAGAGAAAAAUCGCUUCAUCGGCGAAUCGUUUUCUCAGAUUAUAGUUUGAAGGGGUUCUGGCGGCAAUUUACGGGUGGUUUGGGGGGUUGAUUUGUUCGAUUGUUGUGGAAUUUCAGGUCUUUGAGAAGGUUCUUCAAGCGGAGGAGUAAGUUACAUAUCAUUUGGCCAUAAAAAAGAAUGCCUUUUGCAGCAAUGGAGCAAGAUAAAGGCAACAGUGUGAAGUAUCUUUUGGUAAAAGAUGAUGAGACUGGAUGGGGGAUUUAUGACAAGCCUCUUCGGUGCUUUGGCUGUGGCAUUGGUUGGUUUUGCUUUCUGACAGGACUUUUAUGUCCCUUGGUAUGGUACUAUGGCACAUUUCUGUACUUCAGUAACCACUAUCGUAAAGAUCCAAGAGAGCGUGCUGGUCUUGCUGCUUCUGCAAUUGCUGCAUUGAUAUGCAGUGCUGCAGCAGUGAUCACUGUACUUGCUGUUCUUCUAUAGUUCAACCAACAGCUCUCUGGCUUUGGUGGUGUUGUAAAGUUUGCUGGUAUGGGUCAAGGCUUAUAGAAUUUGGUGUUCUUUCAUCUGUGGGACACAGACUGAUCCUCUAAUCUUCAAAGAAAUCUAC